UGAUACUUGAUAGACCAAAUUGAAUACUAGUACCCUAUUGAGCUAUCCAGCAAGCUAUUAAAAAACUUGACCGGUAUUUUUGUAAUCUGCUGGUAAAAGCAGGCGAUACAUACAUUCCUUUGAACACUCUAGUUAAUUAGAGCGUAACUGCACAGGACGUUGGCGUUGUUUUGAAUAUCAUUUAAAUUCUAGUAUCGAAAGUAGUUACACUUUCCACAUUAGAGAUGUCUUUAGGAGAAAAUGCAUUCAAAACUUGGAGAAAUCGUUUUAAUGGUCGUUUGGCUUGGAAGUGAAGUCACUUAUGCUCAACAAAACUUUCUACUUGUGGAUUCCUGUCCUCAGAACAAAACAGAAUGGGAAACUAGACGAGAAAACAAGAAUUGUAAGCAUCCACCCGAUUAUCACUGUGCUGCCAUAGAAUCAACACAGAAGUUUGGAGAAAUCUGUGCUCUUUCUGCCUUGAUUUUACCUGGGUAUUGUCCUGUAUUUAAUGCUGUAUCCAACCAUCUCGACCUCAAAAAUUGUACUUCAGAUGAAGAAUGUCCAAAGGAUUCAUAUCGAUCGGACGAAAUUUACAAAUAUCCUUUUUGUUUUUUAAUAUUUAAGCCUCGUAGUGGGCCAAAUACUCCAGAUAAAGAGGCUGGUAUGAGGAGGAGUGCUAUUAUUAUUGUUGUUACUGUAGUUCUUUUAACAGUUACAGCUGUAUGUGCAGUGGUUAUAUAUUAUAUAAGAAAAAGAAACUGUACCAGAAGAGAGAUGUCUGAAAGGAUUUUCGGAAGAAUUCAGAGUAUAACAACUGAGGAUAUGGAUAAACUAAUAGAGCAAAACACCAUAGUGUGAGGUGGUUAGAUUUCUCCUUUGUAAAGGAAACACAGACCAAUAGU